AUGUCCUUCCAACCCCAGCCCGACCAGUGCCCAGUGACCGACCUGGCAUCGGUCCCCAACCCUCUUGGGGAAGGCAACUACAUCAAGACAGCCGGUUGUCUUAUUAUUGGCGACGAGGUUCUCAACGGAAAGACCAAGGACAGCAAUAGCAACUUCUUCGCUCAGUUCUGCUUUGACCUUGGCAUCGAGUUGAAGCGAAUUGAGGUUAUUCCCGACGAAGAGGAGGAGAUUAUCGAGGCUGCCCGGCGCAUGACCAGCAAGUACGACUUUGUUGUCACUUCCGGUGGUAUUGGCCCCACUCACGAUGAUAUUACCUACGAAUCCCUGGGCAAGGCUUUCAACCUUCCGCUUGAGCAUGACCCCGAGACGCUUCGCCGCAUGGAGAUUAUGACUACCCCCAAGCGCCGUGAGGAGCUCGCCAAGGCGACCCAGGCGGAGCGUGAUGCCCGCGCGCGUAUGGCCCUCUUCCCUCUUGCCAAGGGAGGUCACUUUGGUGAUGGCCAAGGUGGUUCCCGCAGCGAGGUCAUCUUUGUCGCUCCUGACCGCUGGGUGCCUGUGGUUCGCCUUGGGGGCAAGCUCUGCAUUUUCCCCGGUAUCCCAAGCCUAUUUGAGCAGCUGCUCCUCGGCCUGACACCUUACCUUCCUCUUCCUCCUUCCUCAGCCAAGCCCUUCCGUCACCUGAUUUAUACCGCCCAGCCAGAGUCCAAGAUUGCUCCCUACCUCACUGAGCUGCAAGCCCGUGUCAAGAAGGAGGGGAUCCGUGUUGGCUCCUACCCGUACCUCUACUCUGGCGUCCACGUCAGUCUCAUCGGCCAUGAUAUUGAGCGGGUGAAGGAGCUCGGCCAGGAGGUGUGUGAAAAGCUCGAGGGCAACGUCAUCUCUGAGGGAGCUCUUGGCAACGAGGAGGAGAAGCCCAAGGCAAAGGUCUGA